AUGAAAAAAAUUUCUGACGUAUCUGAUUUUGUUUCAGGUGCUACAAAGGAGAUUGGUUCAGCUCUGACCAGGAUGUGUAUGAGACAUCGCAGCAUUGAGUCAAGGCUCAAGCAGCUCACUACUGCUCUGACUGACAGUUUGAUAAACCCUCUGGAGGGUCGGAUUGAGGAGUGGAAGAAAAUUGCCAACCAACUGGACAAGGACCAUGCCAAAGAAUACAAGAAAGCUCGACAAGAGAUCAAGAAGAAAUCAUCUGAUACACUGAAAUUGCAGAAAAAAGUGAAGAAAGUCCCCUUUCCUCCAUCCAAACCAAUCCCAGAAAAUAACUGGAAACUGCUGGGAAGACUGCCAUUGUGGGCCACGUGCAAUGCAAGGCUUGUGGUAAUUCCUGGAACUAAGCAAAUGGUUUUUGAUCGACUGCCUUGGGAUCUUUCUCAUUUGUUGCUGAUCAGAGUAAAGCUAGACGUUAGUGACUUGAAGACAUGUCCCAACUAUUCCAUGAGUGCCGUGGCAUCCUGUCAGUCUGAAGCAGCUUGCUGUUCUGGUUAUUCAGUAGUUGUGAAUGGGCUGUCUGUCUGUGGGUAUUACUGUGAAAAGAGCAGUGGAAGUGACCCUGUACCGGACUGGGCAAAAUUGGCACCGAUAGAGCAGUUGCAGAUUAACAGCCUCCAGCCGAAUGAAGCAGCUGCUUAUCAAAUGGUUGGAGAGAAUGGAGCCCAGGCACCAGUGGAGGCUGGUGUAUAUACACAGGCCAUGGAGAGAGUGCAGUCCACAGCAGGGUCAGCUGCAUACAAGCCACAGGUUGGAGAGAUGAGUGCUCGUGAACAUCUUGCCUUAACCUUGAGUCAAGGAAUGAAUGUGGAUACACAAAGGAGCAGCCGGGAUUCUCUGCAUUGUUCAAGUGGUUACAGCACCCAGACAACGACACCUUCCUGCUCAGAGGACACCAUCCCCUCACAGGCAGUGAAGAAGGAACAGUCCCUGGUUGUGCCUGACUAUGAUUACCUCUCUCUGCAUGGAGAGCAGGAGCUGCCUGAUCAGAUUGACUUUGAUAAAUCAUCUACCAUUCCCAGAAACAGUGACAUCAGCCUGAAUUAUAGGAAGAUGUUCCAGGCGAAGCGGCCAGCUUCCACUGUGAGCCUCUUGGUUGACCCUGAGCCCAUGAUGACGUCUCACGUUGCUACGAUUCGCAGAAAGCCUUCCAGCAAACCGACCUUUCGGCGUGGCACCAUCAGCGGUGUGCCCAUUCCCAUCCGGACUCCCAUGGUGCCAAUUCCAGGGCCACCUGUGGCCAGCAAGCCGAUAGGGCUGGCAGUAUCUCGGACGGGCAGUGAGGAGUGUGUUAGCCUGCACGGAGGGCGCUCCAACUUUGUGCAAAGGAAGCAGGGAAUCUGCAGCUCGACCCAAAGCCUGAGCAUGGCCCAGACCCCUGGCUACUUCCUCCUGCCAGAGAAACCUCUCCAGGUCAGUGGCCUCCAGCGGUCAGCCCCCAACCUCCAGAAUGCCCGAGAAUUGAUGCCAGCAACAAAUAAUACAGGAAACGGAGUGACUCCGCACCUGGGCCCUGCUGAGGAUUCCCAAAGGACUGCAGGGGUCCACACUGUUGCUGCUACUCCCUCACCAACUGAGGGAGGUGAUGAUGUUUUGUCCAUGAUUCGCAGAGGGGUCAAACUUAGAAAGACUUUAACCAACGACCGAUCAGCCCCCAGGAUCGUUUAACACACUCAGUCCCUGGGAGAAGUGCAAACAUUUUCAAAGCCAAUGACUUUGUCCUCUUGCUCUCUUUCUCUGCGUUUUGUUUUUAAACUGGUGACAGUUCUUUCUCCUCAUUCUCAGAUUAAACUGGUCAUUCACAAAUUGUCAUCAAGAACCUGUCAAGUGCCAGCUCCCCGCCAAUGGCUCAGGAAUCUUUGCCUACUCCUGUACCCGAUCACAGGAUGGGAGGCUGACCCUCUCAGACACUUUGGGUUGGGUUCGGUUGGGUAGGGCGGCUGGAUAAUGAAUGCUGGUGUUUGCAAGACUGUGUCGCACACACCAGCAGGUGAUGAGCUGAGACAGCGUUCUAGGGGAUAGGUUGCAUUGGUCCAGUUACCCCUGGUUAGCAAAGGAAAACCAGGCCAGGUUCCUGCUCCUGAUCAUCAGUGAAUGAUUCCUGAAAUGGGGCUGUGUAGCUAUUGGGUGACAGAGGAUCAGGGCGCAAUGUCUCACAUUGUUGACACACCCAGUUAAGACCCAACCCUCUUUGUUCAGCAUUUGGAGAAAACUAUUUUGGGGGGGAAACAGCAGCAGAAUUUCCAUGGAUUUUACCCCAGGUACAGCUUCAGAAGAGAAUAGCAAGAAAUCAGAGUCGGGUGGGGAAUGGGAGCAUGCACCUCCCCUUCCUGAACUACUGAAACAAACUGACCCUGUUCCUUGCAGCAACAUUCACUGCCAGGACCUUGAUUCAUCCAUUUGAAGUGUGUUUUGAGGUGGAGAACAUGGAAAUAAUAUUAUGACACUUCAGGGGAUCUGCUCAGGAUUUCAAACUAGAAGCUUCUUACAAAGGAUUUGGUUUUAAGUUGCUCUGAGUUUGUAAAGAACACUGUUCACUUGGUGAAAAACUGCAAAAUUCACCUUCACACAGGAACUCCAGCAGUUCACUUGUUUUCAUGGUUUAAAAAAAAUUGCACGGUGGAGGUGUAGCAACAGAUUUAUUUUCUUUCCUUAACAUCAAAAGAUAUUUAUUUGUGUCAAAAUUGUGAAAGCUUCUGUUGUACAAUGAGUUCUUGCAGCAAAUAUUGCUGUUCAAUCCACCACACUCAUUGAUGCAAAAGGCUUUAAAUGGUAAUGAAUUAGUUUGUAUAUGUUAGUUUUUAAAUCCCUUUUAAAAUUUAUCUUUUAUUGCUGGGCCUAACGCAUUGCUUUGUAGUUCUGGCAUCUUUACAGAUUGGGCUCAAGGGGUUCAGGGUUGACAGUGUUUAAUUAUCUGUUCUUUUGGCUUAAGUGGGCAGUGUUUUAAAAUUGUCAGUGCAUACCAAACUUUAAUUGGGUAUUAAAGUAUGUUAGUUAGCUUGCAAUGUGAGCAGUCUGCUAAAUAUUUUCUUUUAAAUGAUAGGUUUAGCAAGAAGUGCAUCUCGCCUUAGCAUUUGUACAUCACAUUCCUGUAACUGCUGCCUGAGUUGUGUGCACUGUGAUGUUAUGAAGAGGGUGCCUGUUAACAUGCAGCCCUUAACCACUCGCUGCAGCUGGCACCUGCCCCAGCUGGUGCUAAAUAAUCUCUUCUCAUUCACUCAAACAGACCUCAGUGGAACCUCCAUUGUAUCUCCUGAUAUCUACAGUGUGAAUUCUUGAAGGAUCAGAAAACCUGUUGCUAAAUAAUUGCGUCAGCUGGCAUAGAACUGAAAUUCAAAACCAAAUUUGGGGUACAGCCUAUAUUUACAGCAAUAUUUCUGUGCCUCAAUAUGGUAAACUGCAGACAGUUCAAGUUGUACAGAGCUCUGGGGGUUGGAAGAUUUUUAACUCAAAUUUUAAGUAAGAUGGAGGAAUUGGUUGGAAUUGUAAACUUAAUUGUAGCAAACAGGGAACAGGACUGGAGCUGGUGUGAAAUGGGAUAGCAUCAUCAGAUAUUGAUUACUGUUCGUCCCAAACCUCCAGCUCGCUUGAGAUGGCUGCAAUUAUUAAGUGAAGCUUUCACCAGCAGUCUGUGCAUUGAUUAAUGCUGUUUGCACAAAUAGCCUUCUUAAUGAAUGCUUUUUGUUAUCAUUUUUGAUAAAUGGAGGGACUGAUGACUAUAUAUUAAUGUCUAAUGGUGAUUUCUACAACCUUGAGACAGCCUAUCAACAUUUAUUUGAAAAAGGCAGUUUUCCAGUUUUGAUUUGUGCUUACUCUAGGAUUGUGCAGUGGUUUUCAGACCUGAAGGAUUGUCCAGUUUCCUGCUGCCCUUGUAGAACCUCAGUCUAUCAUCUUCUCUCUCCAGUCAUAUUUCUCAAACCAGCUUUCACCCACUGUAUCUGAUGCUCUGACUCAGUGCCUCACUGCAUAAGGGAAUACUGCCUGGUAGCUUCUAAAACCUGCUUUAUGAUCACUGCAAGUGCCUCCUCUUCCCAAUAAAUGUGCUUAUUUCAGUCUCAAAAUUAAGGACUAUCUGGCUUUGAAUUGUUUGUUGAAUUCUGGACCCAAGGAACAGUCACAGAUCUUUGAUUUCCAAACUCCACAUUACCGAUAUGACUGGCUGGCAUCUUCCAAAGUAACAUCACUGUUUUAUAGUUAAAGCUGGAAUCACCAACACAAAAUCAGAGAAGCCUACCAGAAGGGAGCAGUUUUUUUUUGGGGAGAGUUAUUUUGAGUUUAUAUUUACAAUUAAAAACCAAACAAUGUACCUCUGAUAAAAUGAUACUAACUAAGGAACAAAUUUAGUCUUCAAAGACCAGGUGUCAGCAGGAACUCCACACUUGCUCAUUCUCACUACUUGUACUAUACCCAGUCUCAAGGACUUCAUUUAACCCUGACCAUCACAGAGAAGGGGAGUCCCAGAUUUCUACUCUGUAGUAAAACCCCUUCCUGACAUCAUCCCUGAAAGGCCUAGCUCUGGACAACUCCCUCCAGAGAACAUACUCUCUGUAACAAUUGUAGUGAAUCACUUCAAACACCUUGCCUGAAUCACCCCUUGCCCUUUAAACUUGAGAAUAAUUGUUAGGUUUGUGCAACCUGUCCUCAACUCUCUAAGCUCCCCCUGCCCUAAAAGUUGGCAAUACAUCCCUCUUAAGGUACAAUGUCCAGAACGUUCUCUAACUGGGACCUGACCAAGGUUGAGUCAGGCUGAACAAUGUAUUUGAGGAUCGGUUCAGGCUACACCUUGUGUUGUUCAGUGAGGUAAAGUUACCAUAGUGACAGAGGACCAUAGGGCCUCAUUAGAGAGAGAGCUGACUGGUGUUGAGUUUAACCUGUGGGUCACUAUUCCUAAUGCGAGGGAUGUCAGUAAAUUUAGGUCAUUAAUUCUGAUAUUGAAGAUUAGAGUGAGCUUUACUUACCAGAGUGUGUUUCUGCAGCAUUUUAAAUCUUUCCAUCAUAAAAAGGAAACACUUAUCCAGCUGUCUAGGCAUUAAGCAAAGAUGACUACCUGAGAGUUUUUGUUGGAGUCUUCUCUCGCCUUCACCAUACAGACUUACCCAACAUUUAAAAACAGUCAGUGAUCAUUAUUAACUACGUGCUACAGAACUAGGUUCAGUGUCUUAAUCCAGCAAGUUCAUCCUUUGCACUGUUUGUCUGUCCUAGUUCCAUUCCCUCCAGUGCACAGUUCAACUCUUGAGGGAAAGUUCUUCAAAAAACCUCUUCUCAGUGCAAGGUUCUAGAACAGUCAUCCAUCCUCAGAGCUUCUCUCUACAAAAGAAAUCAUGAGUGAUAUCUGUUCCCACUGCUGCCCAUGUUGCUGAGGUUCUCAAUCAGCCGUGACUCUUCAGUAAUGUCUAUCACUAUUCCCAGUUUUAUUUCUCUUGCUUCUGAGUAAAGUUGAAAAAUCACUUUUCUUCUAAAAUAAACCCAGAACAUUAGGCUCUGUUACCAUAUGAAGUCAUACUUGAAUUUUCAGUAAAACCCCUAAAAUUUUGAACUGUGUUCCUGCAGGUUGUAGUUUGUGGCUUGUGAAUUGGUGCUGAGACCGACUUUGUUGACAGUUACACUGCAUUUUGUGGUGAAUUGCAAUCUCUUCACGUAGCUGUGAACCAGCCUUAGCUGAGGUGGCACAGAGCUUAGGAAAGAGCCUUUGGUAAGCACGGUGUUUCAUGGAAACCCAACAAUUGUGCCAAGCCUCAAGACACAGGAGUAUUGAACCAAGGAUCAAUGAAUUGUAGUAUUAGCAGACAGUAUUUACCGCUUGGCCUUGUCAGAUUGAGGAUUGUCAAAGGAAAGGAAAUAGUGACGGGUGUUAAGACAGAAGGAAGGAGGAGUGGAGGCAGGACAAUAUGAAAGGAUCAUUCAUUUUGGGAGAUUAGAAGUCUGAGCAGUGCAGGGAAUCAUCCAAAAUCUUUCAACCACCCACUAAUAAGUCAACAGGUAAUCGUAAAUCUUUUGCAGUGCAAUCAAUGUGCCAAAUUUUGUGUGUGUGUCCCUUUAAGAGAUGUGACUCUCACUCUGCUUGUCAUCUGUUAUACAGCAGUGCCCAGCAGUUAGUAAGUUCCCAAGAGAGAGAUUUGUAAACACAACAGUAGCAAUGACCUUGGAAAGCAGGAAGUCAGCAACAAUGUCAGAUUUCCCAAUGCUGUGCUGUUUUAAUUCCGGAUUGGCAAUUUGCUGCUCAUUUUAACUGUGGGGUGUACAGUUCUCAAAGUAAAAACCAAAGUUGAAAUAUUUAUAUGUAGAAAGAAAGUAGGAAUUGCAAAAUAAGCACAAUCUGUAAAUCUCUGCAGUGGCUUGGCCUGUUUUAUCCAGCCCAGACUAGCAGAAUGAAAGCCUUGAAUACGUGUGUAGGCUAGUUAUAAGGAUUCUGUGUGAGGUGAGUUGGGCAGGUCUCAGCUCACUGACCAUUGUGUCAUAAACCCACCAACACAUACCUAAGGACAAAUUGACAUUAGUCUAGCAACCCAACUGAAGCUGUCGUUUUGUUACAGCCCUGGUCUUGUGUGGGGAAACUAAGCAAGCGGCAUGCUGUCACAUUGACUCUGUACUGAGCAGCAGAGUUCUCCUGUCAAUACCUUCUCAUUAACCUGUUCAAAGGUAUAACUUUUGGAGUUUUGGAGUAACCUCCAUUUGGAGGAGGUGGGACUUGAAUCCAGGCUUCCUGGCUCAGAAGUCAGGACAGUGCCACUGCGCCACAAGGGCCCUCAAGAUUGUCCUGACUCGGGCUGUUAAUAUGAGGACUUAAGCCUCUGUCCAUGUGUGUGACUGGACACAGUACUUUAGCUACUUUGCAAAUGUGGAGUUUGUAUGUCACAAUGUCACAACCACAAUAACAAGAAAAAUGCAUCAUGUUCUUAGAUUUGAGAAUCAUGUGUUUACUUAUCCCAGUGGUAGGAUGGAGAAAAACCAGGAAAAAGAUUAUUCUCAGUGGUUUACAAAUCAUCCCAGCAGGUUUGUCUGAACAUGUUUAUAGUCUGAGGGAACAAGCAGUAAUAAAGGAAUACAAAAUGACUGCAGUGAAACGGGACGAGCAAUGGAGGAGCCUUGCACAGUGUAUGGUUUACUGAGUGAUCUUUCAGCUUGGGACACACUGGAAAGAGCAUGAUUCAAUCUCAUGUCAGUUAUAUUCCAAGCAGGGGUGUUUAAUACUAACACUGCCAGCCAAAAGUGACACAAUUUCAUUCCCAACACUCUCACCUCUGACCUCAAUAAGCACAAAAGAAAAAUACACAGGAGUAUUUUUGCAUAAUCAUGGCACUUUAGAACAGAAACCAGUUUACUUAGGUGUAGGUAGAGGGAAUUGGUAGAGCUUUUAAUCAAAUGCCAUACACUUUGGACAAUUGUGUUAAUCAUUUGCAAGUAUGCCAAUCACAAUUCAAUUUUCUACUCCAUCUUACCAUGUGGGAAAGUGAAAAAGUCAUUAUUUUUUGACAAAUUUUCAUAAAGCAUUUUCUUCCAGAUUAUUGAUUAUGAAAUGUUUAUUAAAAUUUACAUGAUUUAAAGAGACAGUAUUCCUUUGGGUACAAAUUGAACCAAAUACUGCAAAGGGACUGUAAACAAAGCAGUGUUUAAUUUAAAAACAUCCAGAUCAAACUUUCAAAGUUUUUUUUUAUAAAAAGUUUUGGUAUUGGUAUAAAAUUAACAUAAAGCAGUUAAGAUCUUUGUGGCCUGACAGUGUAUAGUCAAAUCAUAAAUUGUCCUGCGUAGAUAGCUGGUUAACAGUAAGUAGGAUUGUAAAUGGGAUUUUGUUACUCUGUCUGUAGUCCAACUACAGUUAGCAAAUCUUCCUGGGAAUAUCUUCAAGUUAGAAGUUAAUAGACGAGCUGAGAGUCUGGGUGCAAACUCAACCUCAGUAUCUAUUCAUUUAUUUUAUUCUCUUACGUUCCAUUGUUUUGUUGGGGUGUUCACCAGUUGCCUGUAUCUAGCUCACUGGCCGCAAAAGCUCAAAGCAGUCACUGCAAGGUGUUUAAGAGCUGACCCACUGGACUCAUUUUCCAAUCUUAAAUUUGCUUCAGCAACCUGAUUUCCAUCUAAUUCUCCAGAAUCUGACUGUGGCUAUGAGCCUUCACUGUGUUGUGUUGUGUCUUUGAGCUCCUGUAUUUCGAUUGAAUAAAUUUCCCUUUUUUGCAACGGUCAGAAUUCCCUCCAGUUACAUGCAAGAAAUAACUACUUCACCCUCCUAAAUGCUCUGAUAAUCAUGACCAUGAGGUCAAAGUCAUCAGUCUGCUCAGCAAUUGAAUCUCUUCUGGAUUUUAUAGCUUUAUCAUUUUGGGUCUUUUAAAACAAUGGUUUUGGAAUAAGGACAGUACUGAAAGGGCCAGUGAGUUGGGUAAUUCUUGUAGCUCACUGAAGAUAAGUUUCAGUAUGCAGUUGAGUGUUUGCUUCUUGUCACUGUUCCCAGAGCAUACCACCUCACUCCAGAGCAAACUGGUGCAAUAAUGUUUGUUUUCAAGAUUCGCUGUGGUUCAAUCCUGACUGUACUGUCUUAAGUAGUGCAUUUGGGUUCGAAGACACAAUACGAACUCCAGACAACUGAAAUCUUCCAAGUAUGAUAGCCGUUGUAAGAGUUCUUCUGUUUUAGAGUCUCUGACUGAAUGGUGGGGGAGGGUUGUCUAUUGAGCCAUACUGACUUCAGCGACGUCACCAUCCUGUGCAAAGUCUUUGCAGCAAAGAAAUGGGACAUUAGGAUCAGAUUCUGAUUCCAGUCAGCUGAAAAUGGUAACAAGGGUUCUUAAUUUGCAGAAAUCUGAUUUCUGAAUGUUGUGAAUAAAUUCCUCAGCAUGCUGACCAUAAAGAAUACUGUCUCUUUAAAGCCCUAUUGCUACAGUUGUUUGAUUGUUCAGUUGUUUGAGAGUUGAUCUCUUUUCCUUUGUUGUUAUAAGGAUUCUAGUAAUUUUUUUGUUUUCUUUGUAGUGACUGCUGCAGCCUUAAAUUAAAGGAAUAAGGGGGAAUAUUCUCUCA